CCCGCUAGACAAGAACGAUAGAAAAUGGCGAGUCAGUGUAAAAGGCAGCAAUGCUCUAUCGACAGGCGCGGCUUUCGGCAGGAACUUGACUCUUGGCGACACAAACUCAUUCGCUGUGUAGGUUUUGAGAGCAUUCUCGAAGGUCUGUUUGGUCCAGAGCUGGUAGAAGACCUAAAAUUAUUUAAGGACUUCGAGCCUACAGCAGUGUCUGACUGGUCAUUUGAUGAAAAUUGUCUAUUCUGCUGUUUGAGGCGAGACAAAGUAAAGGAACACUUAAUUGGCUUAAGCAACGGAGGGCUUGAAGAUACACCUAAACCUCUCCUGGUUAAAGAUCAGACCACAAUCAGCAAACUAGAGAAACAAGCCGAGGAAUUUCUCAAUGCAGUCCUCUGUAGAAAAGAUGCACCAAAUUUCUCGGACCCACACAUUCCAGUAGUGGCCCGAGAGAUCCUUCAGAGAAUGAUCCGGCAGUUUGCUGCCGAAUAUACCUCAAAAACCAGCUCCCCUCAGGACAGUGGCUCUGAUUCCCAGCCUUGCUCUGACCAAAGCCUACCGACCCCACCAUUGCUCUUAGGGGCUCCUCCUUCUGCCAGCCCUGCUGCCCCCCUAGCUGGGCCUGCACACAACCAGAACCCAGUCCUCAGCAAGCUCCUCAUGGCUGACCAGGAUGCUCCACUUGACCUCACCAUCAAGAGGCCUCUGGCUUUGCCUAGUGAACAAGAUGGAGUUCUUGACUUAUCUAUUAAAAAGAACCGCUAUAGUAGCAGCAGCCUGCCUGUCCGUAGUCCCUGCCUUUCUCCAGCCACAUCCACGCUUAAAGGUGAGUCUACAGAGUUGCCUAUUGCAAAGGCAAGAGACCUACAGUCCACCUCCACGCUGGAACAGUUCAUAGCCAAACUCUGUCCCCACCAUCAGAGACAGAUUGUAGAUGCCAUAGGUUUUCUACAGACGGAGGUCAAAGCACUGGCAUCUUCCAAUACACAGCAAGCCUGUAAUUCUGGGAUCCAAAGACCUGCUUGCUCCACUGCAAAAUCCAGCCCAGUCACACCUGUGUCAUGCUCUGAGCUAAGGUUUCCCAGUGAAUCCACUCCCAAGUCAGAAGUCCAGGAUGUGUCCCAUUCUUUCCCAAGCAGCUGUGCAAUGAAAAACGUUCCAGAGAAUGCAGUGUCACUGAAAACAUCUGCAGGCCCUGCUUUGGAUCUUUGCAGCCCUGGGUCAGAGAGUAACCAAGCUUUGGUCACUCCCACCCCUAAUCCAGUGGAUGCAGAGAACAACCGUCAUGGUGAUCAUGCCCCUCUUAAGAUGAAAAUCAUGACCAGCAACGUUGCUGCCGGUAAGAAGUUGUCAUGUGUGCUCAACGCUUCUCUUUCAUCUCACUCUGACACUUUGGAGGAAAGACAGGGUAACUCAAAUUCAUCCAACAGAACAGAGAGUCAUAGUGCUAGACUCAACUCCUUUGUGAAAAGACACAAUCCGACUAGUCACACACAUCAAGCUAGGCAGAGAGAGACUCUCGGGCAUGCCAAAGAUAAACCAGCAAACCUGUUUUCAGUUCACAUGACCAUUCCUUCAGACUCUCCGCGGACCGCAAGGAAGACUAUCAGGUCAUCCUCUGAUCAUCGGAUUAGGGACUCUGCUUGUAGAGAAAUAGUUGACCCUGAUCUUGGUCACUGUGACAUUGUUUUUAUUGACAAACCAAUUACAGAGUGUUUUAAGGAGCAGCAGUGCAGCAUGCUCCCACGUCGCAAUGCCAGAAAAAGCACCAGAGGACAUACGUAUUCAGAUGAAAUAUGGGAGUUAAAAACGGUCCGUACAUUAGCUGGGAGGGGCAACUGUCCGAAUCCAAUUCCAGAGCUGAUCACAUUGGUCACCCCAAAACAAAUACUUUCAAAGCCUGAAGGUGUACCACCUGUGGAUAUGCUGUUUGCUGGAGCAUGCAGGGAGACAAUGAAUCAACAAAUGUCCACACAAGAAUCAGAUGAGAGUGUGAUACCAGGAACAGGAGAUAUGGUGGAGGUAGCAGCCAGUGAAAUGAAUGUUAUAGUUGAAACAAGUCAGACAGAUCAGUGUCAGAGCAAGGGGCAGUCUGCUCCUUCAUCUCCGAUAAGGUCCCCAACAGAAAACAAAGAAACGGAUAUUAACACAGCAAUAGAACAGAACACACCUGCCGAUUUAGGCACAACAGGAAGUGAAGAAAGUGUUACACAGGCUCCAUUUGAAGCAGAAAAAGAUAACGAGCCUGAGCCUCAAGGAAACGUGCAGGAAAGUACUGAGCAGAUAGUCACAGAAACUGUAGUAGAACCAUUGGAGGAUACAACCAUAGAAGAAGAUGAGCCCCAGCUUUUAUCAGAUCAACUGCACAACAGCGAGCCUGUUCUUCAGCAAAAUAGUGCCCCGUCACCGGUGGAUCAAAUUGAGGAAGAAAAAGAGGAAAAUAAAAGGGAGGAAAUACAAGAGGAGCAACGUCAGGAACUUCAACCAGAGACACAGAUGCACUAUGACAACUCUGAAGUGACAGAAAAGUCCAACACCACUGGUUCGGCAGAGGAGCACAGAAACACAGAAAUUAAAAAACCUGAAGCAGUUGACGGUGUUAUGCCUUUAGAGACUGAAGGUGAAAAUGACGAUGACGUGUCCUCAAAGUCACUUGAUGCGCUCUUGAAGGAAUUACCCCCUUGGCGUAGAAAAAGAGGUUCUGUAGUUUUGCUGCCAAAGCGGUUAAGAAAAACCGAAGGGGUGGUAGUGGGUUUUGUUAACGGUAGACCGAUAUCGGCCUCUGACAGAAGUCUGCGUCGUAGAUCAAGGAACAGUACCACAUCACUUAAUAAAACCCCAGUGAAAUCUAGUCAGAAUGUCCCCAAAAAGACUUCUGUUGAUUCAACUGUUGAAAACAAGAAUUUGGAGAAACCUCUACCUGAAACAGACAUAGCUGUAAAAUCGAUUGAGACUACUGCUGCGAUUCAGCAGGUGAAAGAACCAUCCUCGGCCACACCAUCAAGCCCAACCUCUAAAUUUCCCUCAAGGACCAAACAAAUCCGGAAACAAAAAAAAGGUCCGAGAGAUCAGGAUAGUUUGCCUGUCCUCGCCGAUCAGCGGCAACUUAGAUCAGCCAGCCAGAGGCCAGCUGGAACUCCAGUAUCGCCACCCAAAUCAAAUGCUGUCUCUUCCAUUUCAUCUCCAAAAUCUACUGCAUCCCAUGCUCUUUCAUUUACAGAGCACCUCUACCUUCCUCCUUCACUUCCUCCUACUUCUUCUCCUCCAAUCAGGUCCUCUUCCUCUGAAUCCUCUGAACAGUCCAAACAGAACACAGCACCAGAGACAACUGUAGAAUUAAACAUUGAAAACACUCAGCAAUUAGGGACAACCUCUGAAGAAAUACAAAAAAACGAAGUAGAAAAUGGAUUGCAGGCCAAACAGAAACUACGGUCUACAAAGGCUGUAGUAGACGAUAUUAAGAAUGACAAACCGCAGCUUAGCGGCGAGGUAUCAAGUCCAUUAGAAAAUGAAAGUCCUGUAAAGACUGAAAUGCAAGCACAGAUUAUGCCAUUAAGAAGUAAGCGGGUUCUCCGAAAGGAGGCUGAAGCAAGUGAUGUUUCUUUUCCACAAAAGCCAAAUGUAGCAUCUUUAGAAGACCGUUCUGCAAGUGGAGACGAUAGCUGUUCUUCCAUAUCAGGCAAACCCACAAGAAUGCCCUUAAGGAGUGAGAGCAGUAAGGCUGAAAUGUCCCACCAGUCUGCUACUCAUUCAUCACCAGUGGACAACAAGAAAUUGGCUUUGAGGUCACAAAGAUUGGCUGUACCCUCUACAAGUGUUCUUACUGGAGCUGGAAGACAGAGUGACAUAGUUUCCCCAAUCAGAAUAAUGCCAGAAAAAGUAACCAAAGCUCAGGUGAAGCCCCUUCCAGUGUCUGUCUUGCCCCACAGCUCAGCCAUCCCUGUCAUAACACCAAGACCUGAACCCCCAAAACAAACUAACAAAUUCUUCGAGACUCUGACUGGAGAAGAAAACCAACACCUAAUUACAAACCUGAACAUUAAGUAUGAUAAAAUGCAAAAAGGCUGGGUGCAAAUGGACAAAGAGGGUCAGCCAGCAACAAAAUACAAAAACAAAGCAGACAGGCAGGCAGCUAUAUGGAAAAGUAAACGCAGGGCAAGAAAAUCUAAGUCCUCAGAGCACCAGAAAUACUCACCAGUCCAAAUGCUCUUCAUGAAAGGUUUUAAUCUCACCAGUAUUUGUCGCUGGUUCCUUGAAACAACAGAAACAAAGUCCCUUGUCAUUGUCAAGAAGGUGAAUACACGUCUUCCGUCAGAAACUCAGCUGUGCUUUCACAGCUCAUCUAGUGCUUCAGGGACCUCUCAGGGGGUAUUUCCAAGCCUACAGGCAGAGCGCUUAAAGAAACAUUUGAAAAAGUUUGCCAUCGCCUCUCCUGUAAAGAGCAACGCCAAGAGUCAGAAACUGAUUGCUAAAGCACUGGAGCAGGAGGCAAAUGCAGUCAGAGGGAAAGAGAAAAGAGACCUUCCCAGUACUACUCAGACUUUGACUAAGUCACACUCCUCUGCCAAAGCCCGUGGAGAGAUAAAUGAAUCCCAGAAAUCUUCUGGUAAAUCAAAGAAUCCAGCUAGUGCAAGGAUCUUGAGGAAAUACUCUAAUAUCCGAGAGAAGAUGCAGGUUCAGCAAACCAAUGUUAGACUCAAAGAGGCCUCAAAAACCUUAAAAACCAACAUAAAUAGACUAGCCACAAAAAAAUCCACUGCCAAGUCCAUUAUGAAACCAUCCCCGAAGGCACAGAAAUCGCCCUUACCUGUCGGUAAACAAAUGAAAGCAUUUGCAGCAAAAAUAGAAAGAAGGAAAACAUUGGCUGGUAAAAAAACUACAAAGUAUCCAGUUCAACAGAGGGCAGUCAAGGCUCAGAGCAGUAGUAGAGCUUCAAGAGAUGCAACUAGAAAAGAUUUGCCCAAGAGAUGUUCUCAACGACUAGGGUCUCCUAAAAUAUCUGAACAUAACUCUGUCGAUGCAUCUAAAAGCAAGGUCGACAAUAAAAAACUAAUUGAAGCAGAGAAAGUAGAGGUAGAAAAACCCACUGUGUGUAAAGUGAACGCUGCAAAUAUCCAAAAAAAGGAAUCGUCACAGAGUACUUUGGCUGAAAUUAAAGCUACAGAGUGCGCUGUUGACACCCCGCAGCAGAGCAUGGAUGUCAAGGCUCCGACUUCACCUGACCAGGUACUAACUAGAUCCCAGAGAAAAAUGGAGGCGGCAGUCCCUUCGAGUGGGAGCCCCAGUCAUGCCUCGAAGAAGGCAACAAAGUCCAUUAAAACACAAAAUGCAUCUCCUAAACCAGUCAGAAAAGCUGAGGGACCCACGAUGAUAAGAAGAGGGGCUUUAAAGUCCCCUGCAAAGAGAAGGCAGACGGACUUGUUGCCACGAAGUGGGACAAAAUCGGCAACUAAGAGAGCUCAGGAGCUUUUAGAGACCCCAGCUAAGCGCACUAGGACAUCACUCUCGAAAUGAAAUCCACCUGCACAGGAAGAUCAUCUUUAUUAAGAGGAUUUUGUCAUUUUCUUUUAUCUGGAAUAUAUUCAGAAGGACCAGAAGUAUCUAUUUUCUAUUUUUACCAAACUCUUCAGGGGACGCCUUUUUCAGUAGGAACAUAUGUGAAGAAGGAACACAUUUUGAAAGUCAUGCUUUUGUAAAGCUUCAGUGUGAAAAUACAGAUGUGAUGGCGAGCAUUUGCUCUGUGUUUAGGGACUACAGACAAGUCCUACAUGAUGUCUUGCAGACGUAAUUGCUGUUUGGCUUUCUGUUUCAGCGCUCUACGACACGGCUGGAGAUAAUAUCCUGUCAAACCUCAUUUUAAAAGUUGGGAUAACAAACAUCAAACUUUGAUGCGGUAAUCAAGGUGACAUUAAAUUCACUCACCAUCCUGUUUUGCUUUUUUUUUUUUGCGAUUUUGUAUCCAAUUGUUUUAGAUGAUAGCAUGCGCUGCAUUUACUGUUCAGAGAGCUUGCUGUGAGAAGGGAGAUCAGGUUUUGAAUAAGAUUCUUACCUUACCUUAGGCAGUUUGUAUCUCCAGCCUGUCUUCCAAUCACAACAUUGUGAAUAUGUGACUGUUGUGACCCAGUGCCUUAUUUAUGAAGUGUAAAGUAAUACAAUGUGUUGCUAAAUGUGAAAACUCCUGUACUUUAGUUAUACCAACUUCCAAUCCCUGGAGAGGCAGUCAACAUUUAUUGCUUCAGAGUGUGUGCAAAUAGUUUCCGUUCCACACAGUUCGUGCCUCGUGCAUCAUUUCUAAAUUCUUACGUUGUCUGAGGCAUUCAGACAUUCUGAUUUACUCUAACCUGAUUUUUAUAUUCCCAUUUUCCCAGAGCAUUAACUUAAUAUUGUUCUUACUAUGGCUGUAUUAGAUGUUAAAAUAUAUACAAAUCUGAAUUGUUAAAACAGGCAGGUCUGCUCUGUAUGUGUCAUGACAAAUGUUUGUAUUUUUUAUGUUUUGGGUCAGUUUCCAUCACUGUGACCAUUACACCCAUUGUUAUCUGCUCAUAAUGGGGACUUCACUUUGAGUAUUUUACCAGCUUCUGCAUGUGUUUAGUCUUGUUAAUGUGGAGCCAGUUUUAGCAACUUGUGCAUUACAGCUGUUGCCUUACUAGAACUGAAACCCUGAACAAUAUUUAUGCCCCUGAGCUUUGAAAAUCAAGACUUUGUAUCCACCCAUCUGAGAUGACGUUGGAAUACUGGUUUGUGUAUAAUUUUGCUAACAAUAUUUCCUAAUUACAAAUACCUAAAAAGUAUGUAUAUUUUGUUGGUUAAUAUGAAUUAAGUUCAUGGCCUCUUUAGCAUUAAUGGCACAUUGCAGGGUGAUGAAUUCCUUCCGUGAUUACAUGCAAGUUGGAUAUGACAUUUUUGGGGUAGUCUAGUCACACUUCUGAGUUGUAUGUUGCAGUUUUAUGUUUUUGUUUUAUUAUUGUCAGGCAGAUGUUCUCAUAAUGGGAAGUUUCUUAACUUCCACAGUAGUAACUUACAUUGGUGUAUUGUCAAUUGUCAUUUUUAGCACAGUGUUAUUUUUUAUUAUGUUCAUUACUCUAGAGGGUAUAUCAUCUGCAAAUGCAAAACAUGUCCGUCAUGUUUUUUAUUGUUAUUUAAGAACUCCACGUAGGCUAAUGCAUUUAGCUAAAACAGCCCACCAAAUAUCAGACUUGAACAUGUUUAUUCUUUACAGUUGCUAUUUAAAGAUUUUGAUUUUGUAUAUUAGAAAGAAAUAACUGCUUUAUUUGUGGUAAUCCAAGAAUGAUGCAUCUUUAUGUUAAGAACUUUGUAUUUUUGCUGGAGUUGAUAUAAAGUUGUUGGAAUUUUA